AUGGAGAUGGAAAUCGACAGUGCUGUCAGUUCAAAGCCAAACAUACAAAUCAAAGCGGGAGACCUUUUCAAAGCAGCUGAAAAAGGUGACGUAUCCCUUUUCGAAUCCCUCCCGGAGGAGCAGUUCCUAAAAGCCCUAGCUCUACGUAACGAGGAUGACCGGUCGCUCCUUCACGUUGCCGUCUCCUUUGGCCAGACCCAGAUAGUGAAGUUACUCUCAUCUGCUAAACCUUCCUCAAUUUGUGGCGUGAAUAGUGUGGAUGAGGAAGGCUGGGGUCCCCUGCAUUCUGCUGCAAGUAGUGGGAAUUUGGAAAUUGUGGAGGUUUUACUGGAUACAGGAGCUGAUGUUAAUUUGAAAAACAAUGGAGGGCGGACAGCCAUCCAUUAUGCUGCUAGCAAGGGUUGGUUGAAAAUAGCCGAACUCUUGGUCUCACAUGGUGCAAAGCUCAAUGCUAAGGACAAGGUUGGUUGUACAGCUUUGCAUCGUGCAGCAAGCAUAGGAAACUCAGAAUUAUGUGAAUAUUUAAUAGAGGAAGGAGCCGAGGUUGAUGAAGUUGACAGAGCUGGUCAAACUCCUCUCAUGAAUGCAGUCAUAUGUGGAAAUAAAGAGGUAGCUCUACUACUCAUCAGACAUGGAGCGAAUGUGGACAUUGAGGACAAGGAAGGCUUCCUCCAGGCAGCUGGGCUAGAAGAAGUAUCAGAAGAGGAGAAGAAACCCAAGGUUAAACUUAAAAGCCCCAUCAUGGCAUCAUCCAUCAUCAUGGUCUCAUCUAUAGCUUCUGUUUCAGCGGGUCCCUGUCUCCCCCUGUCAAAACCAUCCUCAGCCUUUAAAAUUCUAUCUAUGAAUCCGGAGAAAUGUAGGCAAGGAAGAAUUGGGUUCACCAACAAGACUCAAAUGGUGAUUCAAGAUGCUGCUGCUUCUUUGAGAAAAGUUCAGUUGGUUUCUUUGGCUGCCUCUGCUGCUUUCUUGCUCAGCUCUUCUCCUGCUACUGCUGGAAUUCUAUCUGGUUUCCCUGGGAUAGAAUCAGUUCCUGGUCCUGAAUUGCCUAAGGUUGAAUUCAUCGAGCGUUGGAACGAAGAAAAUCAGAAGAGGUAUGCAGAAAAUGAUGAAAGAUUCAAACAGUCCCCAAUUCUCAAAAAGCUGCUGGAACAAUCCAAGUUGAAUAAAGAAAAGAAUCGGCAAGCAACUUUCGACAAGUACUGCAUCAGAGGAGCAGAAUGGGGUGUUGGAGAUUGUUCAGCAGAUGCAAUGUCACCCGAGGACAGGGAAAACUUCAUUGCCAUGUUGAAGAAAAAGGCUGGAGUAGAACCUGGGGCUGCCACCACUAAUCGUGGUGGAUUGCCCACCGAUAGUGGAGAUUCUGUGGUGACACUAGAUCAAGUUCCCCGGUGGAGUGAUGGAGAGUAUAGAUACUCGUAUGAGAACGAAGCCAGUUCUUACUUUGCAGACCCUUUAACAUCAGUAUCCGAUGCUGGUGGUAGUGGAAAUGGGUUGGUUUCUCGGUUUCCUGUGGAUCAUGAGAUUAACUCGAAAAUAUAUUUGUGGAGAGGCAACCCUUGGAAUCUUGAGGUGGAUGCAGUCGUUAACUCAACAAAUGAAAAUUUGGAUGAGGCACACAGCAGCCCUGGUUUACAUGCAGCAGCUGGACCUGGUCUUGCUGAAGAAUGUGCAUCAUUGGGUGGUUGUCGAACGGGGAUGGCCAAAGUUACCAAUGCGUAUGAUCUUCCAGCAAGGAGGGUCAUACAUACUGUUGGUCCGAAGUAUGCUGUAAAGUAUCAUACUGCUGCAGAGAAUGCUUUGAGUCACUGCUACCGUGCUUGCCUAGAACUUCUAAUAGAAAAUGGACUUGAAAGUAUUGCUGUUGGCUGUAUAUACACAGAAGCAAAAAAUUAUCCACGUGAACCAGCUGCUCACGUGGCAAUAAGAACUGUUAGACGGUUUCUUGAGAAGCAGAAAGAUAAAAUCAAGGCUGUUGUAUUUUGCACAACUACAGCACCUGAUACUGAGAUAUACAAAAGAUUGCUUCCGCUAUACUUUCCAAGGGAUAAACAGGAAGAGGAGAUAGCUAUUUCGAAACUACCUGCUGAUGUUGGAGAUGAAAAUGGUGAGACUGUUAUAGACGAACGUAAAAUCAGAAUAAAACCUCUGCCCAAUGUGAAAAAAUCUACUCCAAAACCUCCACAAACUCCUGUCGAACUUCCGACCAGUGAUGUUGGUUUGACAAGAAGGAGUUCUUCAUAUUUGGAGUCAUACUUAGAUCCUGCCUUUAUGUCCUUGAUAAAGGACCCAGAUCAGCGACGCAAAGAACAAUGGGAGAAAACAGCACAAGCACAAAGUGGUUGGAAUUGUUUUAAAAUGCUUGGAUAUGGAGAUCUUGGUGGACCUCCCUUAUCUGCUGCUGAAGAAUAUUCUCUGCAUUCUAGAUAUCUUGCAAAAGCAAAUUCUCUCAAUCUAUCUGAAAUUGCGGAAAUGAAAAUUGUUUAUCGCGGUGGAGUUGACAGUGAGGGUCGGCCAGUAAUGGUCAUUGUGGGAGCUCAUUUCCUCUUAAGGUGUCUUGAUCUGGAACGUUUUAUACUUUAUGUUGUAAAGGAGUUUGAGCCAUUGAUACAGAAGCCCUAUACAAUUGUUUACUUCCACUCUGCUGCAUCUUUACAACCGUGAGUAUUCUUUCUUACUGUGAUUUGUUCAACUUGGCAUGCAUAUUUUAUGCUGACUUGCUUAAUGAUCACUAAAUUGAAUUGGCAGUUUUUUCCUGGUUAUACUUUCUGUUUUUUCCUGGUUAAAAUCCAGUUUUUAAUUUCUUACCAUGUUUUCCCCUCUUAUUGCAUUAAAUUGAAAAGGCGAUGCUUAGACUUACAUUUUCAGCUUUUUCCUGGUUAAAAUCCACCUCUUUGUUUUUUUUACUAUGUUUUCCCCUUUUAUUUAUGUAAAAUAUGUUUAAGUUGCGUCGGGGAUAUACUGUACAUUCAAGUUUAAACACUCACUUCAUGACCAAUGGCAACAAGAAACUGGCUAGGUCUGUGCAUCUCUAGGAUGGUAAGUGUCUUGAUUGUUGGGUCUUAGUUACAAGUAUUGGGCAUGGUAAAAGUGGCAAAAAAUACGAAGUUUGCACUUGGAAAAUGGAAGCCGGAGACUGAUUUUGCUUAGAAAGGGCUCUGGGUUGUGCUUAAUCAUGCCCUGGGUCAGGAUGGACACUGGGCUGAGCCUCAGACCCAACUCAGGCUUAUAUGUGGUGCCAUCAAGUUAGCUGUGAGGACUAGCCUGAGCAUGAAUCUGUAUCAGAUACCAGGCUAGACGUGAAGGCCAGCCCGAGCAUCAACCUUACACCAAGCAUGAAUCCUGGCGUGUUUUUUCCAUCGUGCUUGUUCUGGGUCCCUUUCCUCUUCUCCUCUUUUUCCUUGCUCCAUUUCACUCCCUGACUUAUCCUUUCAUCAUUUCUUGCGUAGAACACCUUGUGGAUAGUAAGAACCCAUGCAUUUGUACCACAAGAUGCCUCUCAUAAUUCCAACUAUAUGGCUCCAAAGGGGGCAUUAACAUUAGAUUUUCAGGCAUCACAUAUUGAAAUACUUGCUCCCUAAAGCUGUUAAUGCCCAUAACAGUCAUUACUAGCCCAAUGUUUUUACAUGUACAACUGUUUCAUGGUGAAAACAGGCAACCGGAUCUUGGCUGGAUGAGGAGAUUACAGCAAAUACUAGGUCGAAAGCAUCAGCGCAAUCUUCAUGUAUGUGAUGCUGAGGGAAAUUGCUUUUUACUUGCACACUUUUGCUGACUAACCACACGUUUUUGCCAACUUGGGUGUUUUCCCUUGAAAAGAAUCUACUUUUUGUUUCUGACAGAUUCUUUCUGCAGGCUAUUUAUGUGCUCCACCCUACUUUGGGGCUGAAAGCAGCAAUCUUCGGGCUACAAUUGUUUGUCGAUAAUGUGGUAUGCUUCAACUUACGAAGUUUGCCUGUUAUUUCAUAAUCAAGGGAUUAAUUUCUUGUUUACCUAUUAACUUUCUUUCAUCCACGAUGGAUGGAGAUGGUUUUUAUCCUUAAAUGAAUCCUCCAUGGACUGGAUUUCUCCUGUUUAGGAGAUGGUAUGUUUUUUUCCCUCACUGAAGCUGAUCUGGAACUUAAUUUUCAGGCAUGGAAAAAGGUGGUAUAUGUAGAUCGGCUUCUUCAGCUAUUUAAAUACGUCCCUCGAGAGCAACUCACCAUCCCCGACUUUGUCUUCCAGUUGAGUCACCGUACCUCUUGAAUUUUUUUCUGCUUUCUUCAUUCAUUAUUCAUGGAAGAUGCUGGAAACAGGAGAAAUCCUUCUUUGAUCAUUCGACACCAUGAGACCAGUGGUCAUUUUGUCUUUUUUCAAGUUUAGAUCUUUCUGCACACUGUCUUUCCCUUAAUAGCUACUGUAUAACUGAGCCAUUCUUUGAACUUUAUGGAUCACCUUUGUCUAUGCAGGCAUGAUCUGGAAGUAAAUGGGGGGAAAGGUGUCAUUGUGGAUCCUCGUACCAAAUACGUUUACCAACGGCCAUAAACUCCCAUGAGCUCCUCCAGGCUCCAUCUACAAAACCAGUGCCCAGAAGAAAAAAAUUGUACUAUAUAUGUUCAUAUGGGUGUGAUUCUUUGAUUUUUUUUUUUUAUUUUUGGUUUUGGGUUUCUUUCAUUGGGGCCACGCUUAACAUAUCUUUCUGUCCAUCUUUCCAAUCUAGUAUUUAGGCCUUUGAUCUACGCUGGAUUUAUGUGUUUCAGGUGUAGUUACAUUCUGUGUAUUUAUAUUUCUUUUUUCUUUCACUAAUCUUUGUAACUUCAUAUUCUUUGGACAAAAGAACUUUAUUUGGCAAUAAUUUGUAAAUGUGCCAGAAAAUCCUUUGAUGUCUUAGAAGGUGCUUGGUUCAUGGGUAUAAAAUACUUGGAAUGAAAUUUUAGGAUUGAAUUCCAUUUUUUGUUGCUUGGUUCAAGUUUUGGGAAUGCGUCGGGUCCACAAAAUUGGGGUUUAAAAUUAAUUUAUCAUUGUUGGGUGU